CUUUCUUCAUCAACUGCACUUUUUAUCACUUUUCCCAUUAAUUUAUUCACCUUCUCUCCAACAGCUCAGCACCCAAAAUCCCUAUCUUUUCUGCUCAGAGCGCCAUUUCCUUCGAGAAAGAAACCGGCUGUUGGAUGCCUUUUCAUGCUGAUUCGGGCAAAGGAAGUAAAGAUUAUAGCUUAGUGCGAACUGAUUUGCUGGAUUUUUCUGGUCUUCUUCUUCUUCUUCUGGCUUGAUGUGUUAUUAAUUUUGGGUGAUUUUUUUCUUGAGUUAUAUAUUAUGGGAAUCGAAUAUUCUGCUGGUAUUAAGAGAUUUCUGGUAUUUUGGGAAUUGUUACUAAACACCAGCUUGUUUACUUGUUUGCUUAAAAUUCUUUUAACGUAAUCUCUCUCUCUCUCUCUCUCUCUCUCUCUCUCUCUCUGUGUGUGUGUGUGUGUGUGUGUGUGUGUCACAUCAAAUGUCAAUGGAAACAGAGAGCUGUGGUAAAUGGUAAUGCUAUUAUGUUAGUUAUGAUUUAUUAAUCCUAACAAUAAACUCAUUACUUUCCUUUUUCUUCAGCCUAUUCAUGUUUUCCAGGGAGUAUUUGCAGCUGACAAAGACACUAUGAUAUAGGAGUAGUAGAAAUGAAGAACAGAUUGGUGUUGUUAUUUAAAAGAAGAAAACAACAUGAAAAUGAUGUGUUUCUUGUUACAAUUAAAAUGUUUGUGUUGUAGUUCUAAAAAGGCAAUUAGGUUUAUACAUAUAUCAUGUUGGAGCCAUGAAUGAAGCGCCUUUUUUCUUUUGUGUAGUAUUUUUUUUAUAAUGUGUCUGAGUUCAUUUUGCUUCUGUUGGUUUGGCUUUGGCUUUGGCUUAUCUUCCUGUAAUGUAUUACUAUAUGUUGAUACAUUUCGCUAAGAACUUGUUCUUGCAUUGUUUAGUAGGAGUUAUAAAGUAGCCUGGCGUUUCUGAUCCGAAGGCAGUUUCUCCACUCCUGUUUCCAGAUCUUUCUCAGUCACUUGUGUUGAGGACUGCUUCAUUUGUAGCCGCCAGUCGUUUUCAUUCCUUUUCAGAUAGUUUUACACAUCCAGUCGUGGAGCAUUGCCCAACUCCAACACUCUUCCAGGAGAACUUCAUCACGAUUCUCAGACCACCUGGUUUCUGCUGGCCGGAUAAGUUGUUGGACAAAUUUAAACAUGGGUUAUCUUUGUGAUUUCUGUGGGGAGCAAAGAUCUGCAGUGUUCUGUAGGUCCGAUGCAGCUAGUUUAUGUUUGUCUUGUGACUACUCUGUCCAUUCUGCAAAUGCCCUUUCAAGGCGUCACUCGAGGACACUUGUUUGUGAAAGGUGCAAUUCUCAGCCAGCUUUUGUAAGAUGUGUAGAGGAGAAGGUAUCCCUUUGUCAGAAUUGUGAUUGGAUGGGGCAUGUUAAUUCAAAUGCAAGUCCCGGGCAUAAGAGACAACCCGUUAAUUGUUACUCUGGCUGCCCUUUAGCUUCAGAACUUUAUGCUGUUUGGCCUUUCUUCAACUCUCCUUCAGUUGGAGAUUCUGCAUGUGAGCGGGAAAUGGGUUCAGUGAAUAAUACUGAUAGCAGAACAAUAGAUUGCCAAGACCCCCAAGAAAAAGCGAAUGUGCAAAAUGAAUCCUUACGGGGUGAAGCUAGCAGCCAGCCUAAUCUGGACUUGGACAAAUCAGCAGGUUGGAUGGAGUCAUUAACUCCUCUUGUUGAUCAGAGGCUGCAGAAUGUGGAUCAGGCGACUGCAUCUACUAGCUCUUCCAUGCCCAAGGUUCCCUUGUCAGGAGCAAAAGGGCGUGCUUUGUACGCGGAUGAUGGUUGCUAUGAUGAUCUCAAUAUGGAUGAGAUUGACAUGGGUUUUGUAAACUAUGAUGAACUUUUUGGUAUGUCUCUUGAUAAUCCAAAAAAUAUUUUUGGUAACGAUGGGAUAUUUGGGAUGCAAUAUAUGUCCACAUCCAAUUGUGAAGGUGCUUCUGCUGCUGAGGUAUCAUCGACUGGAGGGUUGAAUCCGAUGCAACCAGCUUGCAGCGAUGUAGCACCUGCAGAUUCAGUUAUCAGCUCUAAAACUGAACCCAACUUAUGUUUCACUAAACAGGCACACUCAGGCCUGUCAUUCUCCGGUCUUACUGGGGAAACCACUGGUGGAGAUUAUCAAGACUCUGGAGUUUCGUCAAUGGCAAUUGUGGGGGACCCACCGUGGUACCCUCCAGGUCCUGAAAGUUCCACACCUUCUACUAGCAGGACCAAUGCUGUCAUGCGGUACAAAGAAAAGAAGAAGUCACGAAUGUUUGAGAAGAAGGUGAGGUACGAAUCUCGCAAGGCAAGAGCAGAUGUACGGAGGCGUGUGAAGGGACGCUUUGUCAAAGCUGGUGAAACCUACGACUACGAUCCACUUAGCCCAAGCAAGAGUUACUGAGUGAAAAAGUAAUCAAGGGUAUAAGAGAGCAACACUAAACUGGAGAUGCUAAAUGCACUAUGAAUCCUUCGUAGAAGUGUUACAUGGUAUGAGCAGAUAAUGCUGGACGACUGAUGCAAAUUUCUCCAUUCCCCUUGACAGCUCCAGAUGCAUAUUUGUCGUGGGAAGAGACGAGAAUCCCCCGACUGGGCACUUACCAGCUAGCUUAGAUUAGUAUUACCAGUGAGGAGAGGGUAAAGAGCCUCCAAGAGCAUCACCCUCCUUUCAAGGUGUACAUUUGUCAUAUAUCAGUGGAACAACAAUUCUGCACGGCCUGUGCAUUCGCGUGCAGAUGGCAGAGAUACGCUUUGCUCACUCGAGGAAUCUGGUUGUUCGCAUGCAGAUGUAGUAAAUAGUGUAUGUCUGAGAGCUUGGUGGAGUAGAACAAAGGAUUAACUGUAUUGCUAUCUAUUUUUCUCCUUUUUCCCUUGUUGGAUGACAUGUAUAACUGAUUCAUUAUAGCUGUAGUGUUAGCACAAAGGCUGAAAUUUGUUGCUCUUUAUAAAAGCCUCAUUUCUUAUUUGUUUAUACAUAUAGACACCAAUUGGUGGAUUUUGUUUGUCA